AUGAUGUUGCCAUCGUUGACGUGGGGCACGUGGGACGACGCGGAGUGGGCUCUUGCAAGUAGAGUAGACACAAAGGAAGCAUCAAACAAUUCAAAUCUCGCAACCUCAACUAUAAGCCAGCGAAGUAAUAAAAAAUUGCGCAAAAAAGGCUCCAGAAAUUCGCAGCUUUGGUUUGAAGAGCUGCUGGAUCGCGUAGAAAGCACAUCAAUCGGUCGCAGCAAGUCCAUCUAUCACUGCAAUCCGCUCAAUUGUAUGCACAAUUUACAAGAGACGGUAGAGACAAAGCAACAGGGCAUUCCGUGGGCCAAACUACCCUCUGGCAUUCAUCCACGCGAUGGCAAGCUACCAGCAGAGCGAGUACUUAACAAGCAGCUACAAGUGGACAAUCUUGUAGUUUUUUUGCGACGUAUUCUUCGGUCAGGCGAUGUCGUCGUGGAAUUUUGCGCUGGAUCAGGAUAUGUGGCACUUCCGCUCGCUUGUCUUUUUCCAGAGUGCACAUUCGUCUUGCUCGAUAAGAAAGAAAGUUCACUCUCAAUAGCCAAAGAGCGUAUUGCUGCUGCACGGCUGACCAACGUGAACAUUUUUUGUGGAUACAUUCAAGACUUUGACAAGUCUUUUGACGUUGGUGUUGCGCUUCACGCUUGUGGUGAAGCCACUGACCUUGUAAUGCAAAAGUGUCUGGUAGAGCAAGCUGCGUAUGUACUUGCCCCAUGUUGCGUCGGAAAAAUCAAACUUAGUGGGUUGGCAUACCCUCGUUCGGCUGCCAUGGCACAUGAGCUUUCACGAACCGAAUACGAAGUGUUGGCGAAGGCUGCCGACUUUGGCCACUUGAGUUCCACUUCUGUGGCUUUGAGUGAUAUUAAUCGAAGACGGCGACGCUGCAAGACACUUCUCGAGAGUGAUCGCAACAUGUGUGCUGAAGAAGCUCAGUACGACACUUUCAUGUUUGUCAUGUAUCCGUCUACUGCCACGCCAAAGAAUGACGUGUUAGUAGGAAUUCCACGAGGGAAUGCUGAUCGAUCCUUCCAACUUGAAUGUGAGGCCACACUUUCAACCGAAGCGCUCGUACUGAAAGCGACUCAUUCGAUUAUUCCUUUGGCCCCUCGCUGUUCUACAUCGUACUAG